UGACAGCAAAGCUGACACACAUCUCACUUCAGAGAAGUUACAUCCAGACAAGACUGGGGUCCUGUUGAAAGAGAGCUUUGUCCUUCUGCCUGAUCCAACCAGCCGACAUGGAGGGUUUUGACUUAAACGUCUCUGGGCUCUACAUCUCUCGGGGAUUCGCAAAUUUCAGUGGAGAUAAAACCUUAUAUGAGAACUGCAAACACAUCCCAGAAGUUCUUAUCUGGUAUCUCAGCCUGCAGUUCACCAACAUGUUCGUGGGCAUCCCGGCCAACAUCACAGUGUUGUGGCUCAUCCACAAGAGCAAGAGGGAUUCCUCCACCUCGGAUAUCUUCAUCGUUCACCUGGCGGUUCUAGACGUGCUGUUCUGUCUCACGCCUCCGCUGGAGCUGGCCAGCAUCGUCUUCCUCACCUCCAGCAGCCCCUGGUACGUCCUGCGCUUCUUCUACGGCAUAAAAGACUUCUCGCCGCUCUUUCUGUCCUGCAUUUGCCUGGACCGUUACAUCGCCGUGAUCCACCCCAUCUUCUUCACCAGGCUCAAAGACCGUCAGCACAGGCCGGCGCUGGCCGUCCUGGUUUGGCUCAUUAUCCUGGCCUACGCCUCGGCUAAAUGUGCUGGAAACAUUCCGCGUUUUGAGCAGGUCUACACGGUGAUGAUCCUCACAGCGUUUGCUUUCAUGGUGUUUUGCAACAUAGUGAUUCUCUGGGCCCUGAGACGGUCCAGGCCCGGCCGGGACUCGAAGCAUCCGGUGAAGAAGAGAGCCUUCAACAUGGUUCUGAUAAUCCUGGCUAUCAUUGUCUUCAACUACUUCCCUUCUGUUGCAUUGUUCCCCUUUCAAGGGUACUUCUCUCAGGACGUGUUUCGCUGCUAUAUUCACCAUGUCGGUUUUGGCUUGAUGGACUUUAGCAGCACCAUUCAGCCUAUGCUUUAUCUAUCCAAGGAAAAGUUCCCAUGGAAACUCAACUGCUGCAGAACCACAACCAAAGAGACACAAACGAAUUCAGACUCACGGGAGAUUUGGAGCGUAACCCAGCAGUCCCAGAACGUCAGCGAGGUAAUACUCUGAAGAUGCUACGGAUUACAGAACACAGAGAAGAACAGGGGAGGCGUGCGUUUCCAAUUUGCCUGUGCAAAAAACACAAAACAGAACCAUUUUUGAUUACAGUGACAGAAAUGUGCAACAGUAAACCCACAGGGGGUGGACAAGAAAUCAAAACAGUUCCCUGUACGUUGCAAAAAUGUUGACUCAUCAAUUAUUUCUUUUUAUUUUGUACCGGGAAUUCCUUGUAAUUUUUCCAAAUUUGUCUUAAACAGUUAUUCUGGCUUUCCUGAGUCUUCUUUGGACUUUAACUGAUUGUUUCUCAGUUCAGUUCCUAAGACACUCUGCCUUGUCAUUCAGGCAUUUAAAUGUUUCUAAACUUAAGGAAUGAAAGUAAAGAUGCAAUUUUUAAUUGGUCUUCAGGAGGUUUUGUAAAUAGUAAGCCGUCACAAAGGCAGAAUGUUUUAGCUAUUUCUUGUGCUAAAUUUAUAAAAAUGAAUAAAGUGGCAAUUUCCCCACAGACACAACUACGUAGCUUAAAUCAUGUUAUCUAUAGCAAAUAAUCAACUGCUGAGUGAUGCGUCUCUCAGUUUCUGUUUCAAGUCUGUCAAAGAGACAUGAAAAAUCAGCCAAAGUUCAAAGAAGACCUUCCAAGAGGAAGUGUGGCGAGGCACAUAUCAAGAAAGUCUUCUUUAUGGAAAGAAUAGAAGAAGAAUGUUGUAGACCUUUAACAAAUAAACAUUCUGCAAUAGAAAAUAUGGAACUGUGUACUGGUUUCCAUUGUUUCAUGACGGAACUCUAUAAAUGGUUCUUUUAUGCUUCAGAUCAAAUACUUCUGAAAUCUUCAGACAAUCUCUGAUAUUAUUCUAUAUGUGCUUUUCAACAAAAUAUGUUACAGGUCAAUACAUGUCAAAAUGUCCAUAAUGUAAUUACUAGUAUCAAUGUUAACUCAGGAGGAUUUUGGCACUGCAGCAUCCUUGUGGAACCUAUAAUCAAUUUUACAUUAGCAGAAGCAAGGAGAUGCUAAUUUCUGUCAGCAGAAAUGCUGUUAGCUUCAGCUCUGUUAUAAAGAAGGACAUGAAUAAAAAUACCACAGCUCAAACAAACCCCCUGUUUAGCACUGCGGCAUAGCUAGCUCAUACAAGACAUUUGAAAAGUAGAAGUGUCGUUUUUACAGGACAUUGUUCAGUAUUUUAGGUAACACAAAGUGUGCUGAAAAAACCCACUUUAUUACUUCCGUUAUGUGUCGAAUAAAUGUGGAAUUUUUUUUGCACAUCUUACAGACUUUUUCUUUUUGUUCCUAUUAUGGUAAGAAGAAGCAAGUGACUCAUGCUGUUGAGAAAUAUGAAUUUAAAAACUGGAUUGUUCUGCUUUUUGGAUGCAUUAUAUAAAUCCAAUUUUAAAAAAACCCAACAAUGCUUGCCAUUUUCUGAGAGUGAACUGCAGCAGCAGAGAUUGGCACAAAGCCAUUUUCUAGGUCUGGUUGUAAAAUGGAGCAGGUGUAGCUUCAGCCUUUUGUAAUGUUUUUGUUUUUGACAUUGUAUUUAUUUUCUUGUUUGCUACUUUUCAAGAUCUUGUAUGUCCUCACAAGGCCCGGUUGUGGCAGAAUGUAUUGAUAAAACCCAUUAACAAACUGCUUCUGCAUUCAAUCUUAAAAUUAAUCAACAUUGAGCAUUUUUC